AUGAAAAUUGUUCUCUCCGUCAACGCCGGCUCAUCGUCUGUCAAGGUUUCCGUCUACUCCGUCGCCGCGCGCAACGCGGAGCCACGCCAGCUGGCCGAGGCGCAGGUCAACGGCCUCACAGCACCGCCUCCAAAGGUUGAUUACAGCCGUCACGAUGGCAGCACCAACGGCGGCAAGAACGUCGUCUACAAAGACAAGAAGGUGACGGACAUUGACGACAAGGCCGGCAGCAUCGACAGCCAGGACGACGCCUUUGCGUUUUUGCUGCGCCUCUUUGUCGACGACAAGGAUCUCCAGGAAAUCGAUAGCCACGACGACAUUGCCAUUGUCACGCACCGUAUUGUGCACGGCGGUGACUACACAGCGCCCCAGAUUGUCGUCGACGACACCUAUGCCCACAUCGAGGCCCUCAACGACCUCGCGCCGCUGCACAAUGCCAAGUCCCUCGAGAUUGUGCGGUCGUGCCUCAAGCAGCUGCCGCAGGCGACAAACGUCGCCUGCUUUGACUCGCAGUUCCACGCCACACUGCCGCCACACAUCCGCACGUACCCCAUCGACCCGGUCAUGGCCAAGAGCAACAUGCUGCGCAAGUACGGGUUUCACGGGCUCAGCUAUGCUUUCAUCACGCGCGCCGUCGCCGAUUUCCUGGGCAAGCCCGUGGACGAGACGAGCAUAAUCGCCCUGCACCUGGGCAGCGGCGCCUCGGCGUGUGCCAUCCGCGGCGGGAAGAGCUGGGACACGAGCAUGGGCCUGACGCCGCUGGCCGGUCUUCCCGGAGCCACGCGCAGCGGCAGCGUCGACCCGAGUCUGGUUUUCCACUAUGCGUCCGAUGUCGGCAAGCUGUCGCCUGCGUCGACAAAAGACCUGCACAUCUCGCGCGCCGAGGAGAUCCUCAACAAGGAAGCCGGCUGGAAGGCACUGACGGGCACCACCGACUUUGGCGAGAUUGCGGGCUCCGACAAGCCGUCGCACCAGCUGGCGUUUGACCUGUUUGUCGACCGGGUGUCGGCCUAUGUCGGGUCCUACUACGUGGCGCUCAAGGGCGAGGUCGACGCCCUCGUCUUUGCGGGCGGCAUUGGCGAGCACAGCAACCGACUGCGUGCUGCCGUCGUCGACCAGUGCAGCUGUCUCGGCUUUGCUAUCGACUCGGCAGCUAACGGCGCUGGCCACUUGAGCGAUGUAGUCACCGACCUUACUGGAACAACCGGCAGCGAGACCAACAAUGGAAGCAAAACAGCUCGGCGCCGGGUGGUGGUGUGCAAAACCGAUGAGCAGCUUGAGAUGGCCCGGGAGGGCUCAGCAGACGAGAGCUUAUGGGCCGAUCGCAAAUAG